CCUAAUAAAAGUAACAAUUCGAUUUGAAAACUCAGAGGGUAUUCUGAGGAGGAGGCUCAGUGAAGCAAUGAUUGCUAGAAUAAUUCUCCUGCAGUGUUUUCUGGCCCUGAAUGUUGUGCGAGUUCUCGGCUAUGGUUAUUCUUGGAAAGAGUGCACAUGGAAGAGAGAGGAUCCAAAAGAUAAAGGCAUCAUAUGGGCCUGUGAGUUCCAGAAACAAGUCAGUUACACAGCCCUUCGUGUAUUCUAUUCUGGAAAUAUCAGAAUCUCUGGAUGUCAUCACUGUUGUAAUCGGUGGUAUUUCACAUUUAACGGUGUCGAGUGCAGUACUCCUGGGCCAAUAGAAGGCGCUCUGUACCAGGCCCACGCCGGAAAUCUCAACAGUCACGUGCACGGUCACAUUGAAGGUCACUGCCAUAACGUACAGGAGGGAGGGGUGAAAGUAGAAGUAAGAAUCGGUCCUUGCCUUGGCACAGGGUUACCAUUGGGGAAUGGUCACACAGGCUUUGCCACAUUGUCAAGAAUCUUUAUUGAAGAGGUGACAUUGUAUGCAACAUAACAUUAACCUGUCAGCUGAUGCUAACUUCCGAGUAUUCAAGCCCCGCCUAUUAUCGAAGGUUUUAAGAUGAUGGAUUUAGGACAAACAGCCCUUUGUAUUAUUGCUCUGUUAGUUAAGCAAUAAAAGCCUUCAUAAGGGGAAAA